AACGUCAAAAUCAAAAACAAAAAUUUCCUUUGCCUUCCCAUUCUUCGUCAGGAAUUUUGGUUUGGAUUGGAAUUGGAAUGGCUUGUAAGGCCACGAUAGACCAUUUCGUAUUUUCUCAGGUGAUAAUGAGCAUAGCACAGCUGUGAUUUCUUUUUAUUUACCUCAUUGUCUUCGAUUCAGUGCGAGGUAUAACUUAACCAAAAUGAAUACAAUAUCUAGUGAGUUAAGCAUGAACGAUCUCAACCAUAAGUUUUUCGAGAUAAUGCAAAAUGAGGCUAACGCCGAAGAAGCUGCUAGUUUUAUUUACGACAAUGUUUUGGAAGACGUCACCAUGGGGAUACUCUUUGAAUUCCAUCACGGUCUGAAGACUGGUUUGACGGAUCUGAUAGAAGGUGAAAAAGAAGAUGAUGAUAUGUACAAGAUUGUGAAUUCUCCGGAGUGCGAUGUAUUCGGUUAUUCUGUGUUGAAAAAGACGCCUGACAGCAAUUGCUCGUGCCCUAACUGUGACAGACCUGUGUCGGCUACUAGAUUUGCCCCACAUUUGGAGAAAUGUAUGGGGAUGGGCCGCAAUAGCUCCCGCAUAGCGUCACGCCGCAUUGCUUCCAACAGUCGUGAGCCGACUUCAUAUGCUGGACUACUGAGUGAUGAUGAAGACGAUGCAGACUGGGCCGGUGGCUCACUGCAAAAUGAGCGACGCAAGAGGAGGAUUAAGAACAAUAACAACAGGAAGCCUAAUAAAUUGCACAAUGGCAACAACAGGAACAACAAUGGCAAUCAGAAUGCUGACUCAAACGACGGUGGCGCCACCUACGAGACGAUGAGUGCCAAUGAGAAGAAGAAUCUCCUACUGCAGAUCUGUGGAGUUGUUUCUGAACAUACUAAGAAGUUAUGCACCAGGUCUACACGCUGCCCCCAGCAUACCGAAGAGCAACGUCGGGCUCUCCGCAACAGUGUUCUUGAGCCGUCCACUCCUGAGUCGGCUCACAUGGGCCUUGGGGAAGAGACCGGAUCUCCACCAGACUCCAGCCCAUCUUCAUCUUGCUCAUCAUCAAGCAGGAAACGGGAUAGGCAUCGGGCUAAUGUGAAGAGCAAGCGAGAAAGGAACUUGUCCCCGAAUGGAAGGGAUUAGAUAUAGCAAAGGCGAGAUAAAAUAUGGACAGGUAGCCUUCUUAAGAGGGUCACAGAUAUAUGAAAAAAAUUAAUUGAUGUAAUUUAACAAUCUUUCCGCAAAUGGGAGGAACAUGAUCAUGAUAAAGUAGGUAAAUUGACUGAAUCUAAAUAUUAAAAGAAAGGUGACUGACUAUGAUAUAGGUAUGUGCUAAGGAAGAAAUCUUGAAAAAUCAUUGAGGCCGCUCCAGCAGGGUUAUUCACAAAUGUUAAUAAGGCAAGUCUUCUUUCUCUUUCUAUCUCUGAGGUCAUUUGAAUAAAUAGCACGAGAGAUGGUAAGUAAAGACUUGCCUUAUCAAAUUCAAGUGAAAAGACCCACUUGUGUUAAGUAAUAAUCAGAUUGACAAUAUUGAAAGAUCUUGUUCAGUUAUACCGUUCAUGGGAAUUAUGUUGUUUGUGAGAAAAGAAGCAGCAUCUCAUAUUACAUAACGACGUUUAUCCUGCAUGGUUCAAAUGUUAGGUCCAGUAGCUUGCAACAGAAAUUGUGAAUUUGUGCGUGUCAGUCACAGGAAACAGAGAAGUAAGUAAAGUUUGAUCGGCAUUACCAGUUUGGUAUGUUUACUACACUUAUAUCAUUCCUCUAUUUAUCGAUGUUGAAUGUAUAUUACAUAAGGUUAAGAGGCUUCAAACAAAAGUUGCACGUAUUGAAUUGGCAGAUUAAAGAGUGAUAUAUAAAAUGCUUGCAAAUCUUUUCAUUCGACAAAAUUUCGCUUUAAUUUGCAAAUUAUGUUAUGAAAUUUUGCCAUAUAAAUUAUUUAAGAUAAUGAUACACAUUUGGACUAAAAUUUUACCAUGGAUAUAAAUAACACUAUCACAUUUUGUACAGAUCUUAUUAAGGUGGCAACAAACUUCUCUCACUAAUAUUUUUCUAGUACAGCCAGUUUUUACAUAUUAAUGUAUGACGAAGUAAUUAAGUUAAUUUUAACGUAUUCAUCACUAAUCGAUCCUCAUCAAGUGCAUGUGCAUAAGCAAUUAAGUAUUAAGUUAACAAGUUAUUAUCCAUGUACUUCAAUUAAUGACGAUUUAGUUAAGGCCACGCCCACUAGAAUAAGGCGAGGAUUGCGGGAGAGGCAUGAUUUAUGCGAAAUAUACACUAUUCAAUUCUACUUAAACACUUAUUUGAUAACUAAUGAACGAUUAAGCAAUCGUUUAUACAUUCAAUAAUUUAGUAAGAAUUUAGUUAAAUUUAACUUAUUUACUUUCUACGUAAUGCGUGCCAAAUUGUAAUGCUACCAGCAGAUAUAAUAUCUAUGUGCAACUUUAUGAGUGAAGCCUAUGUUUAUUGAGUGUCUAAAUUUAACAGUACUGUAGCUUAUUCGCGAACGCUGACAGGUAAUUCUCAUUCUUCCCACUCGUUUCUUUUCUUGAGCUAAUCCGAAUUGUUAAAAAGGGAGAGAAAAUAAUACUUAUGCCUUGUCAACGUUCGUUUAUAAGUGGGCAUAUAUAUUCCUUAAAUGAUAUAUUUAAAUAAUUACUAGCUUUCACUCGCGACUUUGACCAUGAUAGACAGUAAAUUUACAUUAACUAUUUCUUCACCUUGUAGCCUUUCGCGAUAAACGUCGGCCUAUUUCCUUACCCAAGAUUUUGUCUGUCAUUGCACUAAAUGUUAUCAAAUAUGGUUCACUAGUUCAGGCGCAAACGCAUAACAAGACAGACAGAAAACCAAAUCUUUAAUUGUAAGACUUUCUUAAAAUUUAUUGAUGUCGUUUUUAAAUAUUUGUAUAUAGAAAUAACUAAGCCAAUGUUGCAUUUAAAAACCCACCGUAUGCCAGUACAGUGGGCAAUAUAGUAUAUGUACACAUUGAAUACGUUUACGAUAGAGUGGCCCACUGUACAAAGUGACGUGUAUUCAUAGAAAACUAUAUUACUCUGAUUUCUAUGCGUACAUUAAACAUUUUUAAUCACGUCCGUAUACCUUACGGAAUAAAAAAUUAGAAAACAACAAUAUGUUGUUACACGUGACAUUAAAAUGAAGAACGGUCGGUAGGAAUCUAUCUACCCAAUAAUAUUUAUAUUUAUCAACAAAGCAGCAUAGAACACUUUUUGGUUUCCUAAUCGAAUAAUGUAUCGAUCAAAAUACCAUUUAUAUGUGUCAUCGAUGUAUACUUGUGGCUUUUAAAUAAUUUCACUGAAUGUAUAAAUAUAUAGAAAUUUGAAAUUCGAA